GGGGGCGGGGCUUGGCGGGGGUGGGGUCUUGGAGGGUAGCUGGUCGCUGCUCUGGGGAUGGUGGAAGCCUGCGCAGCUGUCUCGGCGGUCUAUUUCUUUCUCUGUCUCUUUCUCUUUCUCUCUCUCUCUCUCUUUUUUUAUUUUUUCGGUCAGCCGGAUUUAAUCCGCCAUAUUGAAGAGCACGGGUCUAAUAGAUCACUGGAAACAUAAUUUAACUGAACCCCGCCCGUUGCGGACUGACCGUGUUGCUCUAAGUCCCUCCCUGCUUCACGCCGCUAGCAGGCCCUGACGGAGAUUGCCUUUGUCUUACUUGGGACAUUUACCUCAGCGCUUGUUGCUGGUGUCGGGACCGGCAGAUAGGAGUGAGUCUCAGGAGAGACCUGGCCGAAAACCGCGAGUAAAGAAAAGUGAAGCCUAGUGAAACCGCCUUUGCGGUGACUCAGGAAAAACUCAUCACCUGGAGUCCGUGUAAGCUCAGCGACCGCCCUAGCAGCGAGGCCAAAACAGUUUGGGAAGAAAGAAAAUCUAAAGUUAUUUGCCGUUGGUGAUUCAAGGGAAUCAAACUUGAUUUAUGGAGCCAAGAAAGCCCUUGGAAAAACUGGCCUCAUAUUUUGUGUACACAGUCCCUGUACAGGGUUUCUGACCUGUGUGUCACAGUUUCCAGUGUCAUCAGAAACUGGCAUUUAAAAGCACCUGACAGAGUUCUACAGCUGAUGAUAAGCCAUCUUUUGAAGAGGAUCAAGACAAGGCAAUUGUCUGUGAAUGAAAAAGUGACACAAUUAUAAAUACAGUUGACAAAUUAGGUUAUUAGUGGUUUACAAUAACUUAAAAUCAUAAUGUUAAUGAUGAUUGAUAGCAUAUACUCAGACAUUAGAAUUUUAGAAAUCCCACACAAUUUUGGAACAUACAUUAUAAUUUACUAACAUAUAACCUGAAGAUUAAACAUUAUUAUUAUUUUGCCAAUCCCACGUAACUUCCCCAUGGGCCCUCUGAGAUGCCUUCCAAAAGAAAACAAAACCUCUUGCAUAGAAAAGCUCCCUGUAUUUGCAUGGCAAUGUGAACUCCUAAUGUGGCAGAGAAAAGAAAAGGAAAAACAGCUUACAUUCAGGGCAGGGAAGGUGCUUGGGGUUGAAACAGCCUCUAUGCAAAUAGAUUCCUGGAGCAGGGAGAGAGACUUUAACCUCUGCUUCCUGUUUUCCUCUAGGAACAGGCAGAAACUGCAUUGUUCUGAAUUGCACAUCUGAUGGCUGGUCCAAAUGCUCCCUCCACCUAGUAAUAUGUUUGUAGUUUGCAACAACAGUUGUAACAUUGUAAAAGAGAUAAGUACCAUAACAUCCCCGAAAAACAAGAAGACAAAUGCGGUAGGAAAAAUAGGAGUUCAAGGAGGCCAACAUUCCCUGACCCGGAGAGUGAUGGGGGAGGGUCCUCUCCAGCAUCCUGUCCUCUGUAGUUGCACCAUUGUUCUUAACUAGCUUACCAGAGGUUUGGUGCUUCAUCUGCCUUAAGAAAAAUGUCUUGAGGACAAGAGGUCACAGAAAAAAAGUGAAAUUUAGGUUCACAUUUACUCACCCUUCAGGUAUGCCGAGUGAGCCCCCAAAAUGGUAAGAGGAUUUUUCUUCUCAGUUACUUCAUAAGCUGGUGAACCCUGGCUGGUGAUGCCCUGCCUGGGCCUUGCCUGGCCAUGCUGGCAUGCCCCAGCUCACCUGUGUUAUAGCUUGUACACCUUUUUGGUGGUUCUAAAACUCUUGUCCCGCACCCAAGAAGAAUAAGGAUGUGCUAACAAAGAGUGAGCAAGGUGGGAAGUUUUAUUGAGUGAUGAACUAGUCAGGCAAACCUGAAAAUGGACGAGGGGUUUGUCCCGCUACCCAAAGGCAGGAAGGUCCCCGUAAUAUGGCUGAGUCGGGCUUUUUAUGGGCUUAGAAUGGGGGAGGGGCAAGCCGUAGGUAGUAUUGGAAAAGUCAACAUUCGAUUGGUUAAAAGAUAUUAUUCACAAAGAAUCAAUCAUGAAUGAAACGGCAGGCAAAAAGGAACAGAGGUUCUCAUUCUGGGUUGUGUUUCAUACAGGACCAGCAGUCAGUGUUUCAGCCUGUGGCCUGUUUUUGGCUUUCAUUUGGGGUUUCACCAAGGACUUUCCCAUGUCUAGGCAUUUGGCUGGCUUCUGUAGCUAUCAGACUUUGUUGAAUAAUUGAACUUUAUUUCUGCAUAUUUGUGAAACCUAAUAAAAUAAUGUUUUUAUACAUGGUGUGGAAAGACUUUUCUGGGCUCAGAGGUGAAACUGACCUUUGUAUAUAAGCAGCAUUUCUAACUGAUUGAGAGAGUGUAGUGAUUAACAGAGUUGUGAUGUUAGUUAAGAAACUUAGAUUUACCAUUGUAGCUUUUCUACCAAUUAGUGAGCAGAUUGUUUAACCUCAUUGAAAUUGUAAAGUGAUAGACGUGGACUUAGUCAUUACUGGACAGCUUAUGAAUUGUAUUCAUUUACUCAUGAUGUUGUAAAAUGAUUAGUAUCCACUUUUAAGGCUCUAGUUCUGUUGACUAAAUAGGUACUUAUUUAUACAGUAUGAUAACUGCUGUGUUAAAAUACAUGUGUGAAAUGUGGAGUAGUAGAAGAGGUGAAGAAAAUCAUAGUUUGAGGUGGAAUACUGUUUGCUGGUCUUAAAAACUGUGGUAUUUUGGUGAUUCCAUAAAUUAGGUCAGAUACUUCCACUGGAAGGAAACAGUUUAAAAGAUGUAUGUGAUACUAUUAAUAGAAUGAGGAAGACACCAGAUAUUUAGGAGAGAAUUAAGGGGCGUGAAACUAAAAGCUGGUUUGAAUGAGACUGGAUCAUAAGUGAUUUCCAGUACCAGAUUAAGGCACUGAGAUUUUAUUUUUAAGCACUGAAGUCAGAUUUUUUCCUUUUAAAGGAUUCAUGAUGAAAUCUGCCUUUUGUUUUGCAGAGAGCUUAGAGAUAAUUCUGGUGGCUGUGUGGAGGAUGUGUUGGAGGUAUUAAAUUUUCACAGUAUAUGUAAGGCAGCAAUUGAUAGGCCUUUCACAGAUUCUUCUGACAACUACAUAAAGAGACAAAAAAAAAAAAAAGAAAGCAAAGAUCUGUGCUGUGUCAAGUAUGACAGCCAUCACUCGUGGCUCUCCAGUAGGAGGGAACGACAGCCAGGGCCAGGUUCCUGAUAGCCAGUCUCAGCAUCUCUUCCAACAGAACCAGACCUCAUCACCUGAUUCUUCCAAUGAGAAUUCCAUAGCAACUCCUCCCCCAGAGGAACAAGGGCAAGGUGAUGCUCCACCACAGCAUGAAGAUGAAGCUCCUGCAUUUCCACAUACUGAGCUGGCAAAGCUGGAUGACAUGAUCAACAGGCCUCGAUGGGUGGUUCCUGUUUUGCCAAAAGGGGAAUUAGAAGUACUUUUAGAAGCUGCUAUUGAUCUUAGUGUAAAAGGCCUUGAUGUUAAAAGUGAAGCAUGCCAACGUUUUUUUCGAGAUGGACUAACAAUAUCUUUCACUAAAAUUCUUAUGGAUGAGGCCGUGAGUGGCUGGAAGUUUGAAAUUCAUAGAUGUAUUAUUAACAAUACUCAUCGCCUAGUGGAGCUUUGUGUGGCCAAGUUGUCCCAAGAUUGGUUUCCACUUCUAGAACUUCUCGCCAUGGCCUUAAAUCCUCAUUGCAAGUUUCAUAUCUACAAUGGUACACGUCCAUGUGAAUUAAUUUCCUCAAAUGCUCAGUUGUCAGAAGAUGAAUUAUUUGCUCGUUCUUCAGAUCCUCGAUCACCAAAAGGUUGGCUAGUGGAUCUCAUCAAUAAAUUUGGCACUUUAAAUGGGUUCCAGAUUUUGCAUGAUCGUUUUUUUAAUGGAUCAGCAUUAAAUGUUCAAAUAAUUGCAGCUCUUAUUAAACCAUUUGGACAAUGCUAUGAGUUUCUCAGUCAACAUACAGUGAAAAAGUACUUCAUUCCAGUUAUAGAAAUAGUUCCACAUUUAUUGGAAAACUUAACUGAUGAAGAACUGAAAAAAGAAGCAAAGAAUGAAGCCAAAAAUGAUGCCCUUUCAAUGAUUAUUAAAUCUUUGAAGAACUUAGCUUCAAGAAUUUCAGGACAAGAUGAGACUAUAAAAAAUUUGGAAAUUUUUAGGUUAAAGAUGAUACUCAGAUUGUUGCAAAUUUCCUCUUUUAAUGGAAAGAUGAAUGCACUGAAUGAAAUAAAUAAGGUUAUAUCUAGUGUAUCAUAUUAUACUCAUCGGCAUAGUAAUCCUGAGGAGGAAGAAUGGCUGACAGCUGAGCGAAUGGCAGAAUGGAUACAGCAAAAUAAUAUCUUAUCCAUAGUCUUGCAAGACAGUCUUCAUCAACCACAAUAUGUAGAAAAGCUAGAGAAAAUUCUUCGUUUUCUGAUUAAAGAAAAGGCUCUUACAUUACAGGACCUUGAUAAUAUCUGGGCAGCACAGGCAGGAAAACAUGAAGCCAUUGUGAAGAAUGUACAUGAUCUGCUAGCAAAGUUGGCUUGGGAUUUUUCUCCUGGACAACUUGAUCAUCUUUUUGAUUGCUUUAAGGCAAGUUGGACAAAUGCAAGUAAAAAGCAACGUGAAAAGCUCCUUGAGUUGAUACGUCGUCUUGCAGAAGAUGAUAAAGAUGGUGUGAUGGCACACAAAGUGUUGAACCUUCUUUGGAACCUGGCUCAUAGUGAUGAUGUGCCUGUAGACAUCAUGGACCUUGCUCUCAGUGCCCACAUAAAAAUACUAGAUUAUAGUUGUUCCCAGGAUCGAGAUGCACAAAAGGUCCAGUGGAUAGAUCACUUUAUAGAAGAACUUCGCACAAAUGACAAGUGGGUAAUUCCUGCUCUGAAACAAAUAAGAGAAAUUUGUAGUUUGUUCGGUGAAGCACCUCAAAAUUUGAGUCAGACUCAGCGAAGUCCGCACAUAUUUUAUCGCCAUGAUUUAAUCAACCAGCUUCAACAAAAUCAUGCUUUAGUUACUUUGGUAGCAGAAAACCUUGCAACCUACAUGAAUAGCAUCAGAUUGUAUGCUGGAGAUCAUGAAGACUAUGAUCCACAAACAGUGAGGCUUGGAAGUCGGUACAGUCAUGUUCAAGAAGUUCAAGAACGACUAAACUUCCUUAGAUUUUUACUGAAGGAUGGCCAACUGUGGCUCUGUGCUCCUCAAGCAAAACAAAUAUGGAAGUGCUUAGCAGAAAAUGCAGUUUAUCUUUGUGAUCGUGAAGCCUGUUUUAAGUGGUAUUCCAAGUUAAUGGGGGAUGAACCAGACUUAGAUCCUGAUAUUAAUAAGGACUUCUUUGAAAGUAAUGUGCUUCAGCUUGAUCCUUCCCUUUUAACUGAAAAUGGAAUGAAAUGCUUUGAAAGAUUUUUCAAAGCUGUCAAUUGUCGAGAAGGGAAACUAAUAGCAAAAAGAAGAUCCUAUAUGAUGGAUGAUUUGGAAUUAAUUGGACUAGACUACCUUUGGAGGGUUGUGAUUCAGAGUAGUGACGAGAUUGCUAACAGAGCUAUAGAUCUUCUUAAAGAGAUAUACACAAACCUUGGCCCAAGAUUAAAAGUCAAUCAGGUAGUUAUCCAUGAAGACUUCAUUCAGUCUUGCUUUGAUCGUUUACAAGCAUCAUAUGAUACAUUGUGUGUUUUGGAUGGUGACAAAAACAGUAUUAAUUGUGCAAGACUAGAAGCCAUUCGAAUGGUUAGAGUAUUAACUGUUAUAAAAGAGUACAUUAAUGAAUGUGACAGUGACUAUCACAAGGAAAGAAUGAUUCUACCUAUGUCCAGAGCAUUUCGUGGCAAACACCUCUCUCUUAUAGUUCGGUUUCCAAACCAGGGCAGACAGGUUGAUGAGUUGGAUAUAUGGUCUCAUACGAAUGACACAAUUGGUUCAGUACGGCGAUGUAUUGUUAAUCGUAUUAAAGCCAAUGUAACCCACACAAAAAUUGAACUUUUUGUGGGUGGUGAGCUGAUAGAUUCUGAAGAUGACAGAAAGCUAAUUGGACAAUUAAACUUAAAAGACAAAUCUCUAAUUACAGCCAAACUUACACAAAUAAAUUCCAACAUGCCAUCAAGUCCUGAUAGCUCUUCUGAUUCCUCAACUGCAUCUCCUGGAAACCACCGUAAUCAUUACAAUGAUGGUCCCAAUCUAGAGGUGGAAAGUUGUUUGCCUGGGGUGAUAAUGUCAGUGCAUCCCAGAUACAUCUCUUUCCUUUGGCAAGUUGCAGACUUAGGUAGCAACCUGAAAAUGCCACCUCUUAGAGAUGGAGCAAGAGUACUUAUGAAACUUAUGCCACCAGAUAGAACAGCUGUAGAAAAAUUACGAGCUGUUUGUUUGGACCAUGUAAAACUUGGAGAAGGCAAACUUAGUCCACCACUUGACUCUCUUUUCUUUGGUCCUUCUGCCUCCCAAGUUCUAUACCUAACAGAGGUAGUUUAUGCCUUGUUAAUGCCUGCUGGUGCGCCUCUAACUGAUGGGUCCUCUGACUUUCAAGUUCACUUCCUGAAAAGUGGUGGCUUACGCCUUGUACUGAGUAUGCUAAUAAGAAAUAACUUCUUGCCAAAUACAGAUACGGAAACUCGAAGGGGUGCUUAUUUAAAUGCUCUUAAAAUAGCCAAACUGUUGUUAACUGCGAUUGGCUAUGGCCAUGUUCGAGCUGUAGCGGAAGCUUGUCAGCCAGUUGUAGAUGGUACAGACCCCAUAACACCGAUUAACCAGGUUACUCAUGAUCAAGUAGUGGUGCUACAAAGUGCCCUUCAGAGCAUUCCUAAUCCCUCAUCCGAGUGCAUACUUAGAAAUGAGUCCAUACUUCUUGCUCAGCAAAUAUCUAAUGAGGCUUCAAGAUAUAUGCCUGAUAUUUGUGUAAUUAGAGCUAUACAGAAAAUUAUCUGGGCAUCAGCAUGUGGGGCAUUAGGACUAGUAUUUAGCCCAAAUGAAGAAAUAACUAAAAUUUAUCAGAUGACCACCAAUGGAAGCAAUGAGCUUGAGGUGGAAGAUGAACAAGUUUGCUGUGAAGCACUGGAAGUGAUGACCUUAUGUUUUGCUUUGCUUCCGACAGCGUUGGAUGCACUUAGUAAAGAAAAAGCCUGGCAGACCUUCAUCAUUGACUUAUUAUUACACUGUCCAAGCAAAACUGUUCGUCAGUUGGCACAGGAGCAGUUCUUUUUAAUGUGCACCAGGUGUUGCAUGGGACACAGGCCUCUGCUUUUCUUCAUUACUUUACUCUUUACCAUAUUGGGGAGCACAGCAAGAGAGAGGGGUAAAUAUUCAGGAGAUUAUUUCACGCUUUUACGGCACCUUCUCAAUUAUGCUUACAAUGGCAAUAUUAACAUACCCAAUGCUGAAGUUCUUCUUGUCAGUGAAAUUGAUUGGCUCAAAAGGAUUAGGGAUAAUGUUAAAAACACAGGUGAAACAGGUGUUGAAGAGCCGAUACUGGAAGGCCACCUUGGGGUAACAAAAGAGUUAUUGGCCUUUCAAACUUCUGAGAAAAAGUAUCACUUUGGUUGUGAAAAAGGAGGUGCUAAUCUCGUUAAAGAAUUAAUUGAUGAUUUCAUCUUUCCCGCAUCCAAAGUUUACCUGCAAUAUUUAAGAAGUGGAGAACUACCAGCUGAGCAGGCUGUUCCAGUCUGUAGUUCACCUGUUACCAUCAAUGCCGGUUUUGAGCUACUUGUAGCAUUAGCUAUUGGCUGUGUAAGGAAUCUCAAACAGAUAGUAGACUGUUUGACUGAAAUGUAUUACAUGGGCACAGCAAUAACUACUUGUGAAGCACUUACUGAGUGGGAAUAUCUGCCCCCUGUUGGACCCCGCCCACCAAAAGGAUUUGUGGGACUCAAAAAUGCUGGUGCUACGUGUUACAUGAACUCUGUGAUCCAGCAGCUAUACAUGAUUCCUUCUAUCAGGAACAGUAUUCUUGCAAUUGAAGGCACAGGUAGUGAUUUAGAUGAUGAUAUGUUCGGGGAUGAGAAGCAGGACAGUGAGAGUAAUGUUGAUCCCCGAGAUGAUGUAUUUGGAUAUCCUCAUCAAUUUGAAGACAAACCAGCAAUAAGUAAGACAGAAGAUAGGAAAGAGUACAAUAUUGGUGUCCUAAGACACCUUCAGGUCAUCUUUGGUCAUUUAGCUGCUUCCCGACUACAAUACUAUGUACCCAGAGGAUUUUGGAAACAGUUCAGGCUUUGGGGUGAACCUGUUAAUCUCCGUGAACAACAUGAUGCCUUAGAGUUUUUUAAUUCUUUGGUGGAUAGUUUAGAUGAAGCUUUAAAAGCUUUAGGACACCCAGCUAUACUAAGUAAAGUCCUAGGAGGCUCCUUUGCUGAUCAGAAGAUCUGCCAAGGCUGCCCACAUAGGUAUGAAUGUGAAGAAUCUUUUACAACUUUGAAUGUGGAUAUUAGAAAUCAUCAAAAUCUUCUUGAUUCUUUGGAACAGUAUAUCAAAGGAGAUUUAUUGGAAGGAGCAAAUGCUUAUCGUUGUGAAAAAUGUGAUAAGAAGGUUGACACAGUAAAGCGCCUGCUAAUUAAAAAACUGCCUCGGGUUCUUGCUAUCCAACUCAAACGAUUUGACUAUGACUGGGAAAGAGAAUGUGCAAUUAAAUUCAAUGAUUAUUUUGAAUUUCCUCGAGAGCUGGAUAUGGGACCUUACACAGUAGCAGGUGUUACAAAGCUGGAAAGGGAUAAUGUAAACUCAGAAAAUCGGUUGAUUGAACAGAAAGAGCAGUCUGACAAUGAAACUACAGGAGGCACAAAGUACAGACUUGUAGGAGUGCUUGUACACAGUGGUCAAGCAAGCGGUGGGCAUUAUUAUUCUUACAUCAUUCAGAGGAAUGGUAAAGAUGAUCAGAGAGAUCACUGGUAUAAAUUUGAUGAUGGAGAUGUAACAGAAUGCAAAAUGGAUGAUGAUGAAGAAAUGAAAAAUCAGUGUUUUGGUGGAGAGUACAUGGGAGAAGUAUUUGAUCACAUGAUGAAGCGCAUGUCAUAUAGGCGGCAGAAGAGGUGGUGGAAUGCUUACAUACUUUUUUAUGAACAAAUGGAUAUGAUAGAUGAAGAUGAUGAGAUGAUAAGAUAUAUAUCAGAGCUAACUAUUGCAAGACCCCAUCAGAUCAUUAUGUCACCAGCCAUUGAGAGAAGUGUACGGAAACAAAAUGUGCAAUUUAUGCAUAACCGAAUGCAAUAUAGUUUAGAAUAUUUUCAGUUUGUGAAAAAACUGCUUACAUGUAAUGGUGUUUAUUUAAACCUUGCUCCAGGGCAGGAUUAUUUGUUGCCUGAAGCAGAAGAAAUUACUAUGAUUAGCAUUCAGCUUGCUGCUAGAUUCCUCUUUACCACUGGAUUUCACACCAAGAAAAUAGUUCGUGGUCCUGCCAGUGACUGGUAUGAUGCACUGUGCAUUCUCCUCCGUCACAGCAAGAAUGUACGUUUUUGGUUUACUCAUAAUGUCCUUUUUAAUGUAUCAAAUCGCUUCUCUGAAUACCUUCUGGAGUGCCCUAGUGCAGAAGUGAGGGGUGCAUUUGCAAAACUUAUAGUGUUUAUUGCGCACUUUUCCUUGCAAGAUGGGUCUUGUCCUUCUCCUUUUGCAUCUCCAGGACCUAGUCAGGCAUGUGAUAACUUGAGCUUGAGUGACCACUUACUAAGAGCCACACUAAAUCUCUUGAGAAGGGAAGUUUCAGAGCAUGGACGUCAUUUACAGCAAUAUUUUAAUUUGUUUGUAAUGUAUGCCAAUUUAGGUGUGGCAGAAAAAACACAGCUUCUGAAAUUGAAUGUACCUGCUACCUUUAUGCUUGUGUCUUUAGACGAAGGACCAGGUCCUCCAAUCAAAUAUCAGUAUGCUGAAUUAGGCAAGUUGUAUUCAGUAGUGUCUCAGCUGAUUCGUUGUUGCAAUGUGUCAUCAACAAUGCAGUCUUCAAUCAAUGGUAAUCCCCCUCUCCCCAAUCCUUUCGGUGACCCUAAUUUAUCACAGCCUAUAAUGCCAAUUCAGCAGAAUGUGGCAGACAUUUUAUUUGUGAGAACAAGUUAUGUGAAGAAAAUUAUUGAAGACUGCAGUAACUCAGAGGAUACCAUCAAAUUACUUCGCUUUUGCUCUUGGGAGAAUCCUCAGUUCUCGUCUACUGUCCUCAGCGAACUUCUCUGGCAGGUUGCAUAUUCAUAUACCUAUGAACUUCGGCCAUAUUUAGAUCUGCUUUUGCAAAUUUUACUGAUUGAGGACUCCUGGCAGACUCACAGAAUUCAUAAUGCACUUAAAGGAAUUCCAGAUGACAGAGAUGGGCUGUUCGAUACAAUACAGCGCUCAAAGAAUCACUAUCAAAAACGAGCAUAUCAGUGCAUAAAAUGUAUGGUAGCUCUAUUUAGCAGUUGUCCUGUUGCUUACCAGAUCUUACAGGGUAAUGGAGAUCUUAAAAGAAAAUGGACCUGGGCAGUGGAAUGGCUAGGAGAUGAACUUGAAAGAAGACCAUAUACUGGCAAUCCUCAGUAUACUUACAACAAUUGGUCUCCUCCAGUACAAAGCAAUGAAACAUCAAAUGGUUAUUUCUUAGAAAGAUCACAUAGUGCUAGGAUGACACUUGCAAAAGCUUGUGAACUCUGUCCAGAAGAGGAGCCAGAUGACCAGGAUGCCCCAGAUGAGCAUGAGCCCUCUCCAUCAGAAGAUGCCCCAUUAUAUCCUCAUUCACCUGCCUCUCAGUAUCAACAGAAUAAUCAUGUGCAUGGACAGCCAUAUACAGGACCAGCAGCACAUCACUUGAACAACCCUCAAAAAACUGGUCAACGAACACAAGAAAAUUAUGAAGGCAAUGAAGAAGUAUCCUUACCUCACAUGAAGGAUCAGUGAAAAGCAAUAAUUAACUGCUUCCUUAAUGACCAUGCACUAAGGCCUUACAGUCCAAACUUUCUCUGUGCCUGGCUAGUAUUGAAAACUAGGUAAACUGUUCCAAACCAACAUGGAGUAGAGAGCAUAUUCACUGUCUCAUUUGCAGUAAUUUGCAAUUUGUCAGUGUAUAAGACACAUGCAGGGUGAAGUAUACAGAGUUUUGUAAUAAAUGACUGGUCCUAAUCUGUAAAUGAGAAAGGUAUAUAUACUAUAUUAAUGUCUGACUAUUAAUUCUUAAGCAAGAAACUUUUUUUGAUGAAAAUAAGAUCUACACAAUCACACAAUUAUUUUUUGUUGUGUUCACUGCAUUGUGCAAUUGAUAUUGCCUGCUUUGUGCGGUUUGAUCAACUUACCGACCUCCCCCCAAAAAAGGGAACAUAAAAGAGCUCAUCUUUGUCAGUUUACACCAAUAGUUUCUUGUUAAUCCUUUUUUCCUGGAUAUAUAAGGCUGGUGGUAACUUUUGAAUUGUAUGGUUGAUGUGGAAAAUUGGCAGUGUAACAUUUCUAGAUAUUUUUCAUUACCUCUUUAUUCUGGUAUAUAGGCUAAUCACUUUAAAGCUAUUCUUAUGCUGUAACAGUUAGCAUGGCUUCACACUGUUUGUGUAGCCAAGAGGACAGAAUUACAUGAAUGACAGCAGUUACCCAGAGUGACAGCUGUAUAUUGCUCAGAGCUUUUAUUUCUUAUACCUAGAAUACAUAUAAAAUGGGGGAAAAAUGUGACAGAUAAGCAGUUUUUCAUUGCACACAUGUUGUUCACAUUUAAUGUUUGAUAGUUCAAUUUCUUGUUGAGCUAAAGAAUAUCAAAGUAUUGAUAAUAGGAAUUUUAAAAUAUUAAAACCAAUACGCAAAAUUUUCCUAUGUCAGAAUGUGGUAGAGCAUAAUAGAUUGUAUUUGGUGUGCUUGGGAUUUUUUUUCUGCAGAAUUUAUUAAGUGAAGUUUCUAAAACUUUGCUGCUUCUGAUCCCAGUGAAGUAUACAUCAUAAGAAUCCAUAGUACUUUGAAGUACCAUUGCACCAAGAUGUCUGACUGAAUUCUUAGUCACACUUUUACUUGAAAGAAAGAAUUGUUGUAGUUUUUUUUCAUUGUUCUAAAACUCUUGUUGUUGGACACAAGAUUUAAUUAAGAUCUAAGCUUCUGCUUAUUUAAUGUAAUCCUAAGGUACCAUUUUGGGAAAAAACAUUUGUUUUAAGAUUCCAAGAAACCUGUGAGUUAAUACUAUAUUUAAAAGAGAAUUGGUAAAUUUUGAAUGUGUGUAAUAUUUUGGAACCUGUUUAAAAACCAAAUAUACCUGCAAAUAGGUACAGCCUAUCCUAUACUAUUUAAAUGUUUGGCUGUUUUGUUUUAUAGAAAUUAUUUUGCUGAAUUCACAAAUAAAAUUUAAGAAGAC